ACAUAGAAAAUAUCAAAACAACGUGCAAUCCAAUCGGUUUAUGAAUCGGAUGUCUAAACGGAGUGGUAGUCAGUAAUUAUGGAAGACCGAAUACAUGAUGCCAGGACAAGAGUGACACUCAAAGAACACGGAUUAGAAAAUGUAAACAGUACCAGUUACCCUGGUGCAUAUGAGGGAUACGAUGAUGUCUGGAGUCAAAGGAAAUUUGAAAAGAAUUUCCGUGUCGAUGUGGUGAAGAUGGGCGACGACGAACUGGAAUUUGAUAUGAUAGGCAUUGAUGCUGCCAUUGCAAAUGCAUUCCGCAGAAUUCUACUGUCUGAGGUACCGACCAUGGCCAUAGAGAAGGUGUACAUCUACAACAAUACGUCAAUCAUACAGGAUGAGGUACUGUCCCACCGACUAGGCCUCAUCCCCAUCAAGGCAGACCCACGUCUGUUUGAGUACAGGUCUGAUGGUGACACAGAAGGAACAGCAGAAGACACGAUCGAGUUCCAGCUGAAGGUCAAAUGUACAAAAAAUAGCCAUGCCAAGGACACCACUGACCCUGACGAACUCUACAAAGACCACAAAGUAACAACAAAACAUUUCAAAUGGAUUCCUGUUGGAAAACAAGCUGAAAUAUUCAAAGAGGGUGACAUACGGCCGGUAAACGAUGAUAUCCUGAUAGCAAAGUUACGACCUGGGCAGGAGCUGGAUUUAAAACUACAAUGUGUAAAAGGACUGGGAAAGGAUCACGCCAAAUUUUCUCCUGUGGCUACAGCCUCCUACAGACUGUUGCCAGAAGUCUCCUUAUUACAACCUGUAGUCAAUCAUUUGGCAGAAAAGUUGAAAAAAUGCUUUUCACCUGGAGUCAUAGAAAUAAAGAAUGUGAACGGAGAGAACACAGCCUAUGUUAAGUCUGCUCGACACGAUACCUGUAGUAGGGAAGUGUACCGCCAUGAUGAUCUGAAGGACCUGGUGAAAUUGUCUCGAGUCAGAGACCACUUUAUCUUUUCUGUGGAGUCGACAGGUGUGCUGCCACCUGAUAUCUUGGUGACUGAAGCUGUACGAGUGUUGAUGGGCAAGUGUCGGACAUUUCUAACAGAGCUAACAGAGGCCCCGGGGACAACUUAACUUCUUCUUUUGUUAUAUUUGUGCAAUUAAAAAUAAAAACAAUCCUUC